CAUCAUUACAGAAAUAUAUAUUAAUGAACAAAGUCUUACGGUCUUACUGGCAGAAACAAAUUUUUCUCUUGAACGUCUUCCAGAACUUGGUGACAACAUAUUUGGAGCUAUCGAAUCAAUUCAUGGUUUAAAAUUAUAUUGUGUAUCACUAUGUCAAUUAGGGUCACUACCAAGACUUUGGAAAAAUGGUAAAAAAUUAUUGAAUUCCAUGUUAUGUAAGAAAGCAUUUGAGUUUGGAAAAUUAAAUGUCAUGCAUGUUAGAAUGAAUGCUGUGGAUACUAUUAUUGAUCUUCCAAUUGGAGAGGAUGUUAUUACUGGAGUUUGGGGACCAAGUUCUUCAACAGCUAGACAAGAGCUUACUAAAGAGUUGUCAGCAAUACGUCGCCCACAAGUAACAAGAGUAGAAAAUCCUCAAGAAGUUAUAGAUGAACGUACCGGAACCAACAUGUUAAAGUUUCGUAGUAUAGUCGAUGUCCUAUUUUGGAGAUGUCAAGCGUCUCCAGAAGAAGAAGCUUACAAAACAAUAGAUAAAACAGGAAAAGAAAUUAAAGUUCUUACAUGGAAAAAACUAUCAAUCAAAAUUGCCACAAUAGUAAAUUAUUUACAGCAGAAAAAAGGUUGCAAAGCAGGAGAUCAUGCAGUAUUAAUAUUUCAACACGGAAUAGAUUUCAUUGCUAGCGUUUAUGCAUGUAUGAUACUUGGUAUUGUGGCAAUACCUAUGAAUAAAAUAGAGAAUGAAAGAAUUAAUGAAGAUAUUCCUUCGUUAUGCGGAAUAAUUGAUGACUUUAAAGUUUCGUAUAUUUUGGUUAAUGCGGAAUCAGAAUCCAUAUUUAAAGGAAGGACAAUACAAAAUCUUCUUAAAGGGAACGCACAAAGUAAAUCUUCAAGUGGACCAACGGGCAGUAGUGCAGGAUCAGUUAAUAGUUUACCACCAUUAAUUAAUGUAUCAAAGGCACCAGCGUUUAAAAAAACAUUGAAAGAAGCUAAUUACUCAAUGCAAGAAGAAUGGUUAAAUCAAAAUUGGGCAGCGAUAGUGAUGUGUUAUUUUAGUGCAGAUCAACGAAGAUAUUGUGUUAGAUUUGGACAUGAUAAUUUGUUGUCACU